CGGCAUUCUCCCUGGUCACCUGGCUAUCGCUCAUUAUGCAACAUCUAGGGAUACCCAUAGAAACACUUCAAAGUGACUGUGGGCCAAAGAUACUACAGCUGCUGGAAGAAGACGCGCUACUUGCUAUCCACGAUCAUGUUGCGGAAUCGCAGCAAGUGGAGCUCGUCAUAGAACUGACCUCACGGCUUAAUCCAAGCAAUUUACUUGAAGCUGAAGAGUUGCGGAAUCAGUCAGACGCUCGACUCGCGCAGGACCUAGCCGUCAAGGACGUCGCGGAUGAAGUUGCAACGCAACAGGCACUUCAGAAACUGGCAGCAGAGGAGAGAAACGUUACGGCUGAUGCUGUUUUUGCUCGCGCUUUACAAGCGGAUCUGAACGCUGGCCAUGACACUCACCACGAUGCUGAACAUGUCUUAGGGCUAGACACCGUGAGGAAGACUCUGUUGCCCGAUGACCAUCCUUCGGCAUCAGGGAAAGGGAAGGGGAAGGGCUUUAUAGGCCAAGAUAACGAAUCAGACAUUGCGCCUACCGGGAAGAAGACGAGGAAGUUGAGGGUGAAACCGUUGCCAGCGAGCAGGGAUCGGUCUGCGCGCAAGUUUUUUUGCCGAAACUCAGUUGUGGGAUUUGCUUCGAGCAAAUUAGUAAAUUGGUCAAAUCAGUUGAUUUUGCUGAUGAAGCAUCCUCAUCGAGGACGCUAUACGGCAUCGGUCUAUCGUGCCCAUAUUUUCACACCCAAUGUGUUUUCCCGAUAUAUUGCCCGCAAGUUGGAGGUUUGGGUUGCACAACGGAAAAGAGAAUCUCGUCCAAAGUUUUACUGUCCCAAUGCGCAAUGUUCUGCGCUUCUUUUCAUAGACGACCUCGAUUCUUUCCAGGCACCUUACUCUACUUGUCUCCACUGCAAAAUUCCUGUAUGCUUGUCGUGCAGAUCAGAAUGGCACCAAGGCAAGCGGUUCCUGAAAUGCAAGAGGUUGGUCAGCCAAAGCUAACAUUCCAUUGGUAGAUAUAAGCUGCGAAGAAUAUCAGGUAUGAAUGACUACGCGAGAACUGGGUUAGGUACCAAAUUUCACUCGCUUGCUAGGCACUCCCCGAAGAUGAAAGGUUGCCUGAAGACAGAAUGCUCUUCAAAACCGCGAGAGUCCAACUUUGGCGGC